ACAGCUCUUACCAGUCAGCUGAUCAUGUGCAGCUCGCUCGUGUUAUGUAUUUAUUAAAUAAAAUAAAAUGAAUUAGAUUGUGUUUAAUACACAGAGAUAUACAUAUAUAUAUAUAUAUAUAUAUAUAGAUUAUAUGUUUAUAUAGUGUUCAUAACGUUCGCUCGAUUCGUGCGGUUGUCGAGACAUUAGAUCUAACAGAGCAUUAUUUUACUACUCGAGCCCAUCUGUUAUUAGUUUUACAUUGAACAAGUAUCUUUCUAAAGUCUGUUGUGGUGGAUAUGUCUGGACCAAACGGAGAUCCCAAUAUUUCAGCUGACGAUGGAAUAAUCGAUGAUGAAGACGAAUUCAAUGAUGAAGAAUAUGGAGCAAUCAAUUCCAUGUUGGAUCAGAUCAACUCCUGUCUGGAUGAUAUGGAGGAGAGGAAUGAUGCGCUGAAUGGCAAACUGCACGAGCUGCUGGAGUCUAACAGACAAGCCAGACGAGAGUUUAGAGGACAGCUUCAUGAUACAGAAGAUCAGCAGGAGCAACCUCCUCACCCUCCUCCACCGACUGAGGAUGUAAAAUCCAGAGACUCACACACUGAAGACUAGAUGAUUCCACCCUUUUGUUUUAUCUGCCUGUCUGUUUUCUGUUGAUGUUUCAGAAUCAUUUAACAAUGCAUACAGAUGUAAGUCACAUUGAUGUCAAGUGAAUUCCUCAUGUACUGUAUGUUUAAGGACCAAAAGAGUAGAAUGUAUUUGCCUAUUUAUUUCUGUUUAAAAUGCGUUGUUUUAAGUAUUAAGCUACUAGAGUUUGUUGCGAUACAGAGAUUUUAUUUGUUCAAAGGCAAAGUGCAGAAAACCUUAUUUACUUUGUGUAAAAUCACUGUAACACACCAACCCAAAGAGCUUACAGAACAGCAGAGAGCAAUACCAUAACAGACUGUGAUGUGCAAUAAACAUUUCAUGUAUUAAUAUUAUUUGAAAUCUACAUAUAUAUACACAAAAUAUAGUUCAUUUACUGUAGACUGCUUGUGGUUGGCAAGCAUUAAUACAGAAUGUGCAGUUGCAUUUUGUUUAUGUAUGUAGCAUUGUGUAAAUAAACCAAAGCCCUUGUAA